GCGGAUAUAGUGAAUGCGGGGUCCGGGGAGAGCGGAUAUAGUGAAUGCAGGGUCCGGGGAGAGCGGAUAUAGUGAAUGCAGGGGUCCGGGGAGACCGGAUAUAGUGAAUUUGGGGUCCGGGGAGAGCGGAUAUAGUGAAUGCGGGGUCCGGGGAGAGCGGAUAUAAUGAAUGCAGGGUCCGGGGAGACCGGAUAUAGUGAAUGCGGGGUCCGGGGAGAGCGGAUAUAGUGAAUUCGGGGUCCGGGGAGAGUGGAUAUAGUGAAUGCGGGGUCCGGGGAGAGCGGAUAUAGUGAAUGCAGGGUCCGGGGAGAGCGGAUAUAGUGAAUGCAGGGUCUGGGGAGA